GAGAGCCGUUAGGGUGGAACCCCUCCCGCACGGGGCGGGCGGAGCAAAUACAGUUGGACGCUAGUUGGUGGAGCCCCCGCGGGAAACGACUAAGCGCGAGGAGCGUGCGCGCUCACGUCGCGGCGACGGUGGCGGCGAGCGGCGUCAGAGCUUGAAGGGGGGGUUGACGUCUUCUGGCGGGUGGCAGUGUUGGAGACGAGAGCUUGGUUAGCCGGUAUUGCUUCUGUCCCAGGAACCCGACGGAGAGUGAGGGAACGAGGGUCGCUUUCGGGGGCUGCUGCCUUCCACGUACGCGUCGUCGUGAGGAGCGCAGCCCGGACUCUCCUGCAACCCCUCCAGCUCCCUUUUCCGCACGUCUCGAGGCAGCGGCGGCAACCGAGACAGCGUCUCACCUUCCCCCACCCCUUCCCCUUGUCCCCCCGCCCGAGAGGGCCCGGUCUGCGCCCCACCCCCGUCCGUCCGCCCGCUACGCCGCCGCCAUGUCGGCGCAGGCCCAGAUGCGCGCGAUGCUGGACCAGUUGAUGGGCACCUCCCGGGACGGUUCAAUGUAUCUAUGCCUGCCUACUUCAGUCUGCAAGGGAGUGUCAGAAAGGCCCCGCAUUCGCCGAGCCGAGAUACUACUCGUCAACGAAUCAAAUUCAGUGAUGACAGAGUAUGCAAGAGUCACCUUCUGAAUUGUUGCCCCCAUGAUGUCCUGUCUGGAACUAGAAUGGAUCUUGGAGAAUGUCUGAAAGUCCAUGACCUGGCUUUAAGAGCAGAUUAUGAAAUUGCAUCCAAAGAACAAGAUUUUUUCUUUGAACUCGAUGCUAUGGAUCAUCUGCAGUCAUUCAUUGCAGACUGUGAUCGAAGAACAGAAGUGGCUAAGAAACGAUUAGCAGAAACUCAGGAAGAGAUCAGUGCUGAAGUUGCAGCAAAGGCAGAACGUGUUCAUGAGUUAAAUGAAGAAAUCGGUAAAUUGUUGGCUAAGGUGGAACAGCUAGGAGCUGAAGGGAAUGUGGAGGAAUCCCAGAAAGUAAUGGAUGAAGUAGAGAAAGCACGGGCAAAGAAAAGAGAAGCAGAGGAAGUUUAUCGGAAUUCUAUGCCAGCUUCCAGUUUCCAGCAGCAGAAACUUCGAGUCUGUGAAGUUUGCUCUGCCUAUUUAGGUCUUCAUGAUAAUGACAGACGACUGGCUGAUCAUUUUGGGGGUAAACUGCACCUGGGAUUUAUUGAAAUAAGAGAGAAGCUUGAAGAAUUAAAGAGAGUUGUAGCUGAGAAGCAGGAGAAAAGAAACCAGGAACGCCUGAAAAGAAGAGAAGAAAGGGAGAGAGAAGAAAGGGAGAAGCUGAGGAGGUCUCGAUCACAUAGCAAGAAUCCUAAAAGAUCCAGGUCCAGAGAGCAUCGCAGACAUAGGUCUCGCUCCAUGUCACGGGAACGGAAAAGGAGAACUCGAUCCAAAUCCCGAGAGAAACGCCAUCGCCACAGGUCCCGCUCCAGCAGCCGUAGUCGCAGCCGCAGCCACCAGAGAAGUGGGCACAGUUCUAGAGACAGGAGCAGAGAGCGAUCCAGGAGGAGAUCCUCAAAAGAGAGAUUCAGAGAACAAGACUUAGCAUCACGUGACAGAGACAGGAAUUCAAGAGACAGAUCACCUCGUGACAGAGAUCGAAAAGAUAAGAAGCGGUCCUAUGAGAGCGCUAAUGGCAGAUCAGAAGACAGGAGGAGCUCUGAAGAGCGCGAAGCAGGGGAGAUAUAAUUAGCUGUGUACAUAUCCUCAAUCCUUAAGCUUCCUCUGGAGUUACAUACUAUUGUUUAGUUUACAGCUGUUCAGGGUGACACAGUGAGCAGUUCCAGACACCGAUCCAGCUAGGCUAGGUGUAUAGCAUCUAACUUGAUCUGAACUUGUUUUCUUUGAUGAAGCCUAAAACUACAUCCAUAGUUUCUGGUGAACUUGUAAUACACUUCUGAAAGUACAGUUUUAUAUAAUAAGUUGCUGAUGUCUUUAUUCUUUCUAGUAGGAGUGAUAGUGAAUGAAUUGUGUUACUUGCCUUGGGAUUUUUUGAACAUUUGUAAAAUGCUGUCUUCCUUUCUCGUCCAAAAAACAAACUUUGGGAAUUUCUUUUCUUCCUUUGACUCCGUAUCCCCUGAUACCUCUACCCUCUAACUGUAAGAGAAAGGGGUGCAGGGAAGCAAUAUAACUUCUGUUCUAAGGUUCUAUUCCCAUUAUUAAUUACUAGCUGAUUACAGUUCAGAACAUUUAUACUGGAAUGUGUGCUGGAGAAAUUUAAAGUACCGGGAGUUUUGUUUGUCUAACGGUGCCUAUUUUAGAGUGGGAGGUUGAACAGCUGUUGCGUUACAUGCUUUGCUUUUUUAUUGAAAUUUUGAAAUCAAACAUGUCUUGAUUUUUCUGUUCUAUUGAAGAGCUAUAUGUUCAGGAUGUUUUGAGAUGGGGGUGGGGGCAGGGACUCUUUCAUAAGCACUUCUUGUUUUAUUUUGUGUGUGUGGAGUAUAAAGAUUACACCCUUAUUGUAAAAAAUAAUAAAAUGAAAAUCACCACCACCAUUAAACUGUAACUUGUCUAGUAAAUUGUCACUAGAACUACUUGCUGUGGCCAUUUCUAUUCUGUUACUAAUAGUGCCUUACUGUGCAAGGCACCAAAGGAAAUAAAUAUAUACUUACAGAUGCAAGAUGAAUUGUUGCUCCACCUGGGCCCUUGCUGGCUGUAUUCCAGCUACUUCAGGACUGUCUGUAACAACCGCUGUAGAGAAGGACCAGACCUGCAGAAGAAAUUGAGUUUAUUUGUUUUGUUUUUCUUCACAUUGAGCAAAUUGAAAUAAAAACAUGGUGUAACCAGUGUAA